GUUGGUUGUUGUGUGUGCGGUGCGUGCUUUGGUUGGUUUAGCUGGCACUGCUGGCAGUGGCAGUUUGGCGUUAGCAAAGUAAAUUAAUGAACGGUGGUCGGUCUGUUGGUUUGAUGUUGGCUUUUUGUUCUUCUUGUUAUUUGUCGCGGCGCCACCGUUAGGCUGCUUUGGCCCGUUAUUGGAUUUUAAUAACUAUUUUCUGAAGUUAACUCUCACUACUUAUUCAAAAAAUAAUAAACUGUUAGUUUAGUUCUUUGUCAAAACCAACCCGCGUAACCGAGCUUUCGAAAUACUUCGUUAUUUUUAUAAUUUUGAUCGCAUCGAAGAUGCUAUAUUUGAAUCUGCAACAACGAGGAUCCUCUGUGAGUUAGCCGCGCUGAUGAACUCGUGAAAACUUAGUGUCGGUCCUGAGUAAUGUGUAGUGUAGAAAACCGUGCAGUGUUGUAGUUAUGUCGGGGUCGGGCGCAACGACGCCGACGUCGGCGGAGCCGCCGGCGGCCCCGGGCACCGCGGCCCCUUCGCUAGAUGACCGCGACUUGGAGCCCCGCACGCCGAUGAAGAGGCUCGGCUCCACAAGGAAACUGGCUGCCUUCACUAAUAUCCGCAUGCAGCUCUGCGAGCAAAGCCGGGUGCUGGAGGCUCGUGCGGAGGCGAGCGCGGGCGUCGCGACCGAGCUCCACGAGUACUGCCGGCGGCGCGCUGAGCUCGAGCACGAGUACUCGCGCGCGCUCGACAAGCUGGCUCGAGCGGCCACGCAAAGACACAAGGACCAGAAGCACAAGCGGGAGAACUGGCAGUACUGCGGCGCGGCGGCCUGCUGGCAACAGGCUUUGGACGGCACGCGCGCGCUGGCCAAGGACCACGCCGCGCUCGCCGAUCUAUACGGCGGCGUGUUGGCCGCGAAACUGCAACGCGCCGCCGACGACGCGUUGAGACUACACCGAAAGUGUCGAGAUAUAGUAGUCGAGCGACAGGAAGAACUCGGCCAGGCGUUAGCGGAAGCGGGAGCGGCGGGCAAAGCGUGCGCGGCCGCGGCGACGGAGUGGCGCGCCGCAGCCGUGAAGCUGCGGCACGCGCACGACCAGCGCGAGCGGCUGGCGGCCGCCGACCCGCCGCGCCCCAAGAAGCUGAAGGCUCUGGACAAGGAGCUGGAGAAGCGACGCGCGCGACACGCCGAGGCUCGCGCGCGUGGACUGCGUGCGCGCGCCGACUACGUGCUCAGUCUGGAGGCCGCUAACGCCACGCUGCAGCGGUACUACCUCGACGACAUCGCCGAGAUUAUGAUGUGCAUGGAGGUGGGUUUUGAGGCGGUGGUGGGUCGCGCGGUGCGCACGGCGGCGGCGGCGGAGGCGGCGCGCGCGGCGCACGCGGCGGCGGCGGCGGGCGCGCUGCAGGCGGCGGCGGACGCGCUGGACGCGCUGCAGGACCGCCAGCGCUUCCUGGACGCGCACCAAGCGCCCUUCACGCCGCCCAACGUCGCGCCGCUCACGCAGGGCGUGCCUGCGGAGCGGCAGGACGCGGAGCUGGUGGAGCUGGCGGGCGCCGCGGCGCCGGAUGCGGAGCUGGCGCGCGCCGCCGCCGCCGACGAGCUGCGCCAGCGUCUCCAGCAGCUGGAGACGGGCGCUCGGCAGCUGCGCGCGGAGGUCCGCGAGAGCGCGAAGACGCUGGACGCGGCGGAGGCGGAGCUGGUGCGGCUGCUGGCGGCCGAGGGCUGGGACGCCGGCGCCGGAGACGAAGCCGCGCGCCGCGACCAGGAAGACUACUUCCUCUCCAAGUUCCGCGCCUACGUCGCCUGCGCCGGUCGCCUGGCCAGGAUCGAAGGACGCACGCUGGGCGCGCGCGCGCGCGUGCCGGGCACGCCGCCGCCGUCGUCGCCGCCGGCCGCGCGCCCGCGCGCACGCGCAUUGCGCGCUCAGUUCGCGGCGCCGCUCGGCGACCGCUUGCCGCGCGUGCUCACCUCAUGCGUGCGCGUCAUCGCUCUCUACGGCGCGCGGCACCAGGGCAUCUUCCGCGUGUCGGGGUCGCAGCUGGAGACCCUCGCGCUGCGCGCCGCCUUCGAGCGCGGCCAGGACCCGCUGGCGCUCGUCGCCGACGCCAACGACAUCAACAGCGUGUGCGGUCUGCUGAAGCUGUACCUGCGGUCGCUGCGGCCGCCGCUGCUGCCGCCGGCGCUGCAGCCGGCGCUGCUGCGGGCGGCGGCGGAGUGCGACGACGUGGAAUUCGUGCGCGCCGUGCGCAGCACGCUGGCAGCACUCGCCACGCCCGCGCUGCUGGUGCUGCGCUAUCUGUUCGCCUUCCUCUCGUAUCUCACGCAGUACAGCACGCAGAACAUGAUGGACGCGUGGAACCUGGCCAUCUGCCUGGGGCCAACGCUGCUGAGCGCGUGCGGUGAAGGGGGCGGAGGCGGGCAGGGGGGGGCGCAGGUAGCGGCGCAGAACCUCGCCAACGAGCUCGUGAAGCGCCUCAUCGUGCACCACGCCGACGUCUUCCCGCAGGAUAUCGCGCCGCACGCGCUCUUCAGUCCGCCCGCGGAGCCGGCCGGACCGGACGCGGCGGACGCGCCGGACCGGGCCGGGCCGGACCGGGACGACCACGACGUCAACGAGGACCUCUCGCUCUAUGACGACGACGACGACGACGACGACGGUGAUGACGACGAAAUCAGUGAAGACGGUGAGAGCGGCGAGUGGCAAGAGUCUAACAAUACGGAGAAUCACACAGCUUCGAGUGUCGAGCGACGGCAGCCCAGCGUCUCCUCGCAAUCUCAGGCGCCGGCGCCGGCGCGCCUCGCGGAGAGCACGCCCGACCUCGUGCUGGACCUCCCCGCCCGCGGCCCCGCGCCUCCCCCCUCACCCUCACCCUCACCCUCGCCCGCCUCCGCCCCAUGCGCCUCGCCCGCCCCCGCGGAGCCCCCAGCGCCCGCAGCGCCCGAGUCGGACACGGCGGAUAACUUCGUGCACAAUCGCGACACGCUGAGGAAACGCUCGCGGCCGAGCUCGGAGCAGCCGGGCCCGGCGCCGGCGCCGGCCGCGUCGCCGGCCGGCAGCCCGGUGCCGGCGCGGAACACGGCGCGCGUGGCGGCCAAGUUCGCGGAGCUGACGCUGACGGGCGGGUCGCUGAAGCCGGCGCUGGCCGCCAAGCCCGCGCUGCUGCGGCGCCCCACUCCGCAUCCGGCGCAUGCGCGGCCCGCCCCGGAGCGCGCCCGCUCCCCCUCACCCGCCGCCGCAGCCCCGCCAGAGCCCGAGCCCUCCGGCUGAACCCGCUCUAACAUAAGGUGCAUGUAUCUGUGGUAUACUCAUAUUAUUUUUGUAUCAGCGUAGCGUAGGAAGCGCAGCCCCCGGAGAAGGGUCCGACGCGUAUAUUUUUUAAAGUUUUGCAGACGGCAUUUUGUCGGUCGAGGUCGGACGCGGAAAAUGUAUAUUUUAGGAGUUGUUUAUGAAUAACGUCUAAAUGAUAAUAUUGAUUCUGAUAUUUUGACGACGCUUGAUUUUAUAUUUAGUAUGACGGCGACGAUGCUUUACACAUUAAUAGAAAUUUUGCCGUCUAGUAACAUGCAUAUCACGCCAACAUAAAGCGCCAAAUUUUUUUAGUAUAUAUUUAUACAAUAUCAAUCGAUGUAGAGCAUAAUAAGAGCACUUCAGUCCUGAUAAAUAUUUACGUUACAUAAAAUCGAAAGCAAUUAGAGAUUUAUCUUGUGCCACAAUAUUUUUGAAAUUGUUAACGAAAUUUACAUGUAUAGUUAAAAUUGGGUCGCCGAAAAAUGCUCAUUUAGACUCAUGUGACAUCGCAGUAGCAGUGAAAAUCGCUAAACGUAACAGUUAUUAAGGUGAUUAGAACACUCCGUUUUUUCUUAAGAGUCCUAAAAUAUAAACAAUCUUCAUUGUACUUAUUGCUAAAUUCAAAAGUAAAUCAAAUACCUAUUAGUUCUAACUUAUAUAUUCUAAAAUAAAAAGGUGUCGAUAAAAAUUCAAAAAAACUAAGUCUACCGCCGACUUCCAAAGCGCAGGCGAAGAAGUUUAAAACAGUAAAGUUAACAUCGUCAGUGAAAGGCGUCAGUCAUUGUAGUAUAUUUUAAAUAGUGUGAAUUGAUUAUUUUGCGAAAGAAAUAAUAUCGAAAGUGAAUAUUUAAAUUGCUCCAUGACGUCGACACAAUAGGGUAGUUGACAAGGUCAGAGAAUAGUAAAAAAUAUGCAUAAUCUAGGUAAAACAGAUAUAUUUAGGAUCAUGAUAAUAGACAGUAACAAUGUAGCUGGAUCUAAAUACGAAGGUUUAAAGUUGGUUGGAAAGUGCAUAUUCGUAUUAAAUUAUAAAAAUAAAUUUAACCAUCACAAAAAAUUAAAAUUUUGUAACAACUUUUAUUAAGACGUCAUCACCAUAAACGUAAUAUUAAAUGUAGACGUCGAACAAACAUAUCUUUCUUCGCGAACAUUUUAGCACGUUGUGACGUCACUUGUUCGUGUCAUUUAUAGUAUGGAGCGUUUGGACGAGUCAUUAUCACAGUAAUUUUUUCACUGGUGUUUCUAAUAAUAUAAGGCCUUCGAAUAGUCAUCAAAACAAAAAUUUGUCAACUAGUCUAUUCUGUGUUGACCCGUUGACGGACGUCACUGCAACGGAGAACGACGCAGCCGGGGCCGGGAUCCAAGAUCACAAUCACGAUCUGUCGAAUUCGCAUUCUAUCGGUGGCCAGACUAAUAGUAUUAUAGUACAAUUGCGCUCUGUGGCGCGAAGCAGUAGAUACACCGUCAAACUCAAUCCACUUCGUCAUAUACUGGUGCCGGCCGCCCCAUUUUUGGGAUUGUAGCCGGUGCCAGUGUAGGGUAGGAGGCAUUUCCUAUAAUAUACCAAUACAUAAAUGUUUGCAAAAUAAGUAUUUUAUAAAUUAUGUUUGAUUUAUUAUUGUAAAUAGAACAAUGACACGAAGCACUCCGUAUAUUAAUCAUAUUAUAUAAUUUUAACGAUUGUCAGAGCAUGUAAUAUUUUACGAAUUAAAUCAUAGUAUUUGAAAACAAUGUGUGCCUGUGUGAUCAAAGGUGAACAAAUUAAAUGUAUUGUAAAUGUGUUUAAAAUUAUACCUAUUUUUCAUUACGAUACUAGAAGCAAAAUUUUAUUGUAAUACUAUCGUUUGUUUACACUAUUUUCAUGUCACUAGUGACAGGUUUCGACAGUUAUAUGAUGUUGAUUUCUGCCUACAACAUUAAUCUUUAAACGUCAGUAUAUAAAAAUGUGUAAUGAUUUGCCCGGCGCCGCACAGAUUUGUCUGUAUGUUAGUCCGAGCCGUCGCAUGGUGCUAGCGGGCCGGCGUGUUGGCGCGGCUUGUCUGUCUGUUUGUAUGUCGGGUUCCGACUUGUGAUAUGUAAUCUCGAAUGUGCUGUAUGUACUUCUUGUAACGUCGUACACAAUAAACCAGUAUUAUUGCAA